AUGCCACCGAAGCCGUUGACACCUGUCCAUCACUUGGAUUUUCCCGCGCUUUCCCCCGCCCUCACGCACAGUCGGAGGCAAGACUCGUCGGUCUCAGAUGGUCGUCUCGCUGGCAUUGUGGCUAGCUCUCUCUCUUCCCCUGCCGAUCCUACUCCCUACUUUUGGGAUGAGGAGUAUAGUCAGGAAGGACUAUGUUUAUGCGUGUGGCCUGGCGUAAGGCGGAAGUGUCCUUUAUCGAUGCGGGAAUCAGACGGGGAAACAUGUAGCAAUGCGACUCCGUACGUCAACGCCCUCCAUCUCAGAAUUCGGGGAAGGGUCUGGUGCUCACCAGGCACAGAUUUCCAGAUCCAGCAAACGUCUUCUUUCAAACGUCUUCCAACGAACGCCUUCUCCCAAGUUUGGCCAAAUACCAGACGUGAGCAGGAGGACCCCUUCCUUCCCUUUCCCGUCUUGUCUUCACCACCUCCCUCAGAAGUCGACGACUUGUACUUUUCGAUGCAGGACAAACAGCCUCAACGCACGUCGUCCGCCCCGGAGGAUGCUACAGAUCACCCUCCCAUUCCUCCCCCUCUUACGGGCGCACCGCUGCCGACUAUGCCUCCACCUCAAAUAACGCCAUCGACUAAUACCCCCGAUGCCCAGCAACAGUUUUGGCUCCAAUUUAUGCUUCAGUCAGGAGCCCACCCCAGUCUCCAGCUUCCCGCGCAUCCGGAUGACGACGAGAGAGACGGGAACCAUGCUCCUGCCCCGCCCCGCCUUUCCCCUUUUCCAACGUUCCCACCUUAUGGCUACGUCCUCACAGCCCACGCCCAUUCCAAAGCUCAACCCGCCCCAGUAACUCAGGAACCUGGCUCCCUUGCCCAUCCAUCCGCUCAGCCUGUUGUACCCACCCCUUCGGCAUCGGCUGCGGGUCCGGUGUCCACAUCUCCAGGGAAGGCCAAACGUGCGAAGAAAGCUCACCCCCCCGCUGACCCCAACCGAUACUCGUUACGUUCCACGCCGAAUAGGAAGAAAGCCGAGACGAUGGCGGAAGGUGGUGCUGCUGGCGGCCAACCUGCUGCCCCCUCUGCUGCCCCCUCUGGCUCUGCAGUUACCGCUGGCUCCCCCGCUAAAGUCGACUCCGCAGGCGAUGUCCACCAGGAAAUUCUCAGUCUUCAACGCGAUUUCUCGGAGACUGAGCUGAAGAAACUCACGAGCGAUGAGAUCUCCCCUUCCAACAGUGUCCUUGCCACCCCCAACAACGGCUACGACCUCUCUCUGUCCACACCCAUCUCUGCGCAGGGAGAUACCAACCCACCCGCUGGAACCCAGCAGUCGCCACUGGAGACGCCGACGCCAGGUUCCACCGCGGCUGCCAAAGCCGUCAAUGACAUCUUUAGUUCCGCAUCCAAGCCUCGCCCGACACACUUUUCCAACCAGCUCCUCACCCUCACCGCUCGCCUCCCAGAGCUUCCCCCUGCACUCUCGUCACCCCCGCUCAACCUCCCACCUUCGCCAGCCUCGUCUUCCGCUGACCAACCCGACGAGGACUCGCUCGACGGUCUGCGUGUGGGGAAGCCGACCAAGGAGGAGACGAAAGUCAUCAACGAGGCCGUUGACGAGAUCCACAGGUUCGUCUUGCGUACGGCCCAGCAACUUAACCGAGCCCCCGCUGUCAUCUACAACGCGUUGGCGUCCCGUUCAUCCAUAGCCGCAAGAGGCCAACGGCAUCCCUGGAACGUCUUCCAGCCCUUUUUUUUCCGCAACAAAGAAGUCGUGAAGAAGUUGUGCCCUGGGGUGGAGGGUGACCAGCCGAGGGACUACUGGCUCGACUUUCAAAAAAACGUGCCCAACUGGCAGGAAAUGCUGGCAACCGAGUCGGCGUUGAUGGACCUUUCCGAGACGAAGACGUAUCGCCAGAAAAAGAAGGAGUUCGCCAAACGUGCGCAAGAUUUGGAGUCUCGCUUCCUUUUGAUGAAUCAAAGCCUCGGGGCGGAAGGCCUGUUCAUCGUCAUCGGGUCCAGCGUCAACCAGGACGGAGGCUUGUCCCACAUCUAUACGACUCCCAACGCCAUGGGCUUUUUUGAAGACCGCUUACGCUGCAAGGAGUCGGCUGUUGUGGGUCAGCUGCGGUCGCACGUAUUUGAUGCUCUUUCGCGUUCAUAUGCCGCCGACCUCCCCGACCUACCUCCUGUCCUUUCCCAAGCGGACUUGAACGCCGCCAAAUCGACAGCAUCUACAUCUGCCGCGCAGGGCCAAGGACCCCCUGCAUCACCCGUCCAGAGCUCGGCCCGCCCGCCCGUGUCCACCGCCUCCAAUGCUAUGGAAGACGGCGACGAAGACGCGAUAGUGACAGCACGCAAAGAACUUGGCGCUGUGCUACUGCCAAUGCUGCAGAAGUGCGGCGUGAAAAUCUCCGGCACAUCCAUCCCCUGGGUCAAACUCCCCGAACGCCUCGCCGCCGCUGGCAUCGCCAUCCACAACAUUCCCUUCGGAUGCCCGUUCCCUGGGGAAGACAAACUCAAUCGCCUUGUCACCAGUGGUUCAGGUGUCCGAGCCAUUGGACUUGAGAACAUGAAACUGCUGCACUCCUCGCUUUUGGGCCCCGAUCCCCCGCGUUUCGUCAAGUCGAAUAAAUUCAAACUCCAAUCGAGCAAAACCCCGUUGUUCAUCGAGGCACCGCCACCGGCGUCGUCAACCCAGUCCUUCGCACGUCGGCGCUUUUUGAAUCACAAGCUCGACAACAAGGGCCCCCCUCGUAUCGGAUCCGGCUUCCAGACGCCACCCGGUUCCCCCGAUUCGUCUCCGUCUCCCCAGCCAAAGCAGGAACCUGAUACAGAGGCCUCCCCGCACAGCAUCCCCCGUGGGAAGCGUCGUCGCGAUGUCGUUUUGUCGGACGACGAACCCUUGGCUUCUCCCCCCCCUCCCCCGGAAAAGCCAAGGAGUAGUCGAAAUGCACGGGUGGAGAUCAUCAAGGCUGGGAAGAGCGCGCCACCAGUACGUUUUGUUGACGACGAUGAAGAGGACGAAGACUUCAUCUUCUCCGAACCCGAUCCCGACAGUCCAGUCCGUCGUCGUCGUCGACCUGCCACGCCUACCCCAAGUCCUGAACCUGAACCUGCGCCUCCCAGCAAGCGUCACCGUGCCCGUUCCGAAGCACCGACCAGCCACUCGCCGCCGAAGCCGACCAUUCGUCAACAGUCCGAAGCCCCCUCGAAGUCAAGUGUUUCGCGUGGCAAAGCGAAGGUUGUCCCCGAGAACCGCCCGUCCCCUCCUGCCAAACGUCCAUCCCCGGGCUCGGAGGAACAGACCUCCUUCAAGAAACCUCGAAGUAACGCGCAUACGAGCUCUGGAAUGGCCAAGACGUUUGGAAAACCGGUUCCCUCCCACAACGGACCUAUAUCUUCUGGCCCCCCCCUCAACCCUCGCGUUAAGAGCAUCGACAGUCGGCUGUUCGCUCCUCCCCUCGACGAUGCUCGUCUCCAACAGUAUCUGAACGAUGGGAACCUCAGCAGAAUGUUGGCGGAUGUUCAUGCUUCACGUGGUACGGGCUCCCAACAGCCAAUGCAGCCACCACCCUUCCCCCGCCCCAACAUGUCCUCGCCGUCCAAGAAGCAAGAACCCACCGUCCCCGCAAGCCGCCCGGAAUGGGCACCCCUCCGUACGUUCCCAGCGGCAUCCUCCACAUCAGCCUCGUCCUCCUUUGCGCCGGCAGCUCCAUCGUUCCCACCCGCACCCACGCCGACAGCCUCGUCCUCCUUUGCGCCGGCAGCUCCUUCGUUCCCACCCGCACCCGCGCCGACAACCUCGACCUCCACUGCGCACGCGAGUAUGUGGACCACGGGGAACCAUCAACACACUCGUCCAGUCCUACGCCUCGUAUCUGCAGUUCUGCGCGCAAAUGAAGACCGCCCCUAUGGAUAUGGCUGCGUUUGCAGCCCUGGGGUUCCCUCCCGCCGGUCCUUCGCCAGCGUCGUAGACGCAUCCUGCCACGCUUCCCUCCUACGCCAGGACGUCUAG